AUGUGCGAACAAACACAUUUGCCAAACUGUAAUUCGUCUAACUAUUAUAUUGAAAAUGAUGAUUGGCGACCAAGUCAAGAAAUAUUACUAACACGUUUUGGACAAAUUGAAUAUUCUGAUACGUUUCGUACAAUUAAUCAAGAUUAUGGUUCAUUUUAUUAUCAUCCACCUGUAUCAUCUUGUAUACCUGAUGUUCUUAGAGAAAAAACACAUAGACGACAAGAACGAUUUAUGAAUUGGCGUGAAGGACAAACUAUUCAUCGACAUGAGCCGAAAAAUUUCAGUCCACAAUGUGAUACACAAACAGUAAAAGAAAUUCAACAACGAUUAAAAGAUCUUAUAGAUCCAGAUGAUUAUCAUGAUGUAUUUAAUUGUGCUAAAAUUCUUAUUAUAGACUUAUUAAGUAAAGAACCAUCUUUAUGUGCUGAAGAUGUAAUUAAUCGAGUUAUUGGAAUAAUGAACACUCCAUUUUGUAGUAUUAAUACUAACUCAAAUAUAAUAACGAAUGAAUGUUAUCCAAUAACACCACCAUCAUCUAGUUUUCUUCCAUUUUCAAAUUAA